CCCUCAUAAUGUACCUAUUGGUGGUGGUCGUCUCUCUUCUGCUGAGCUUUGGUCCAGCUCAGAGUCGUUACGUUGAGGAUAUCUUUAAAAAGUUCUCUGAGGAUACUGAUAAUGGCUUUGAACGAGAUGAUAAGCCAGUGUCAGCUAUAAUAGAGGCCAACAAACAUGCAGGACAGGGACUUGAUGGGGCCGCGAUCAUAUUUGGAGACAUCGCUGUAGCAACAGUGUUACAGAAUGCAGAUCCAUGCACCGCUCGUGGGUGCAAAUGGAAUCGUUACAGAAAUGGAAAAGUCUAUGUGCCAUAUAUAAUCUCCAACCAGUACUCUCCUGAGGAAAUAGGUGUGAUUGAAAGAGGCUUAAAGUCUUUUGAGGAGUCAACCUGUAUUCAAUUCAUGCCUCAUCGAGGACAGAGAGACUUUAUCCACAUAAAGUCUGUGUCUGGUUGCUUUUCAUAUCUGGGCCGCCAAGGUGGAGAGCAGGUUGUAUCUCUGGAUCGUGCUGGGUGUGUCCAUUUUAGUAUUGUUCAGCACGAGCUGAUUCAUGCUCUCGGGUUCCAUCACGAACAGAACCGCAGCGACCGUGACGGCCAUGUCUGGAUUAUUUAUAAGAACAUCAUACCUGGACUUGAGUACUCCAUAUGACUACAACUCUGUGAU